GCUGGGCUCACUCGGUUUCAGUCGCUCCCGGCGGAGCAGGGGCAUGCAGCUCAGCGGCCACCGAGCCUCUGGGGCUCUCCCGGCCGCUCCUCUCGCACUCCCAGCCGCCUCUGACGCCUGUCGGGGCCAAGCUACUGCCGUUCCCGCCGCAGAGAGACGCACCGCGCCAGCCUCGCGAGCCCUGCACCAACUUCUGCCCGACGAGCCGAACUUCUGCGCCGGGUUCGGACUUGAGGAGCCGGAACGGCGCGCCGCGCGCAGCCCGGGCGGCGGCCAGGGUGGAUCAGCCUCGCCGAGAUGUCCUCGCGACUGUGCUUCUGCGUCUGGGCGGUUGCCGGCUGGCCGCCAGGAAGCGCCCUACAGCUCCGGUUGGGCAUGCCAAGUGUUUGUGAAGAACAGCAAGUGACUGUGGUUGAACUUGCACACCCAUAUGUUCGGGCAUUCACGGACAUUGUCAAGCUCUGGAAACAAGGCUGUACUGGCUCAAGUUGGUGUGUGAGCUAUGAAAGAAGGCUGAUGGAAAUGAAAAAAGAAGUUAUUUGUGAAGUUACAGGAUCUGAGAAAAAUUCAUACUGGUGACUAUUUCAUUAUUGCAGAGGAGCCCAAUGUGGGUGAAAUGUUACAAAUACUAACAGUGAAGAAAUCUGGUUCUCUUAAAUCUGUGUUGUUGGCUGAAGGUACAAAGUUUCCCAGUGGUGUCUGUUAUAAAGUAACAUGCAGGACUUGGCAGCAAGUUACAGAUAACAAGACUUCCAUCCCAAAGACUGUCCAAGCCACAUGCUAAAUUUUGCCCAUCUGUCACCAGUCUCCUCUGUCCCAUGUCAGAGUCAAAUUUGGAAACUGGUGACAUUAGAGGUACUUGUUAUGCCUGGCAGAACAAAACCCGAAGGUCUUAUUGCUCAUGACAGUUCAGAUGUACUUGAACAGUAAUUACUGUUCAUAUGGAGUUCUUUGAGGUGUUCUUCUGUUUCAUGACUUCCCAUCUUCCUUUAGAUAUUCCCAGUGUAGAAGGUACUGAAUAUUAGAAGCAGCAAGAAAUGGUACCACAAAUUAUUUUUUAAUUUAUUUUAUGUGAAAGUCAAAGAAUGCUAAUACAAACCUAACAUUUGAUGGACUGUGAUUAUUGCAUAUUACCCAACUAGGUAAGUCUAAGUAAUACAGAAUUAAUAACUAUAUUUUCAGAGAAAUAUUAUUUAACAUAUUUUAGUUUCAUGAGUAUAUAAUUGAAAAUAUCACAUUAAGAGUUAUUAAUUUAUACACAAUAUGAGUGAAUCUCAGAAACAAAAUGUUGAAUAAAAGAAGCCAGACACAAAAAAGUACAUACAGUAAGAUUCUACUCACAUAACGUUCAAAAACAGGCAAAAUUAGUGUGUGUUCUAAAACAAUUAGUGAUUAUUCUUAGGAUAGUACUUGAAAGUGGGGCAAAGUAGGGGCUUCUGCUAUGUGAGUAACAUUCUCUUUCUUGCUGUAGCUAAAGGUUACAUGAUACAUUUAUAUUGUGGAAGUAGAUCCCGCUGCUCAUUGAUAGUUUGUAUACUUUUCUGUUUGAAUAUCAUUCUUCAAUUGAAAAAGUAAAAGAAUUAACUUGUAAAGUAAAAUAACAGUUAUUUUAGAAAAAAUACACAAACCACACAAAAAAUUAUUUUUCAACAUAAUUCAGAAUUAUUAAUGAUAAUGAUAAUUAUUUAUGGAACAUAUCUGUGUUAGACAUGGUUCUAAGUGUUUGAAUUACGUUACUUUCCUUAGUGAUUACACCAUUUUAGAGGUGUUGUUUAUUCUGUUUGUUAAAGAGGAAUUGGGAUUUGGGAUUUAGAGAAAUUAAGCAGCUUGCUCAAGGCCACAUCUCAAGUUAGGAGUUGUGUGUAAAUUUGAACAUUUGUUUGUUUAACUUCAGCAAGGAGGAGAAGCUUUUGCACUGUGCCACGUGCUUCCACUAACCAUCACAGUUGCACAUUGAGACAAAUUAAUUUCAGACUCUAGACUGAAUUUUCAUUUUGAGGAUGAGCAGUUUUCUUUUUAGAUUGAACUUUCCAUUUCCAUGAUAAUCAAUGAUUGUUAUUAUAACCAAGACUUAUCCUCAGUCUGUACUGGGGUUUUUUAUAGCUCAAGAGGGAGUCAAAUAUAAAGCAUCAUAGUAGUUUAAAACUGAAGUUUGGAAAGUCCAAAAAUGAUUAGCAGUCUUUCAUAGACAAUCCCAAUGGAUAAAGUUGGGGAUAUUUUGAUUGGCAGCCUCAUAUAUAUUUUUUAUUAUUUUAGGAAGCUUCUUCCUAGUCUUGGCCUUUGUAUUUCUAAAACUUUUGGUUGAGAGAAAAAAAAAUGGAAGAUGGUAAGAUAAAAUUCCAUGAAUUUAAGAACAGUGAUUUUAAAUUUAUUAGGGCUAUGUCAUGUAAUUAGAUUUUAAGAACCUGGUAGUCUAAUGAACCACAUUUUAUUUCUCAUUAGAAAACUGAUUUCUUCCCAUUGGCCAUACGCAAUUCCUGGUGAAGGAGUAAGUGCUAGGGAAAAAAGGAUAUACGGCAGAUGGUUCUGUACCUUGGGGAAGACAGACAUUAACUUUUGUGCAAAUCAGAAUUGCAAGUUAAAUACAUUAUGAAAUCCAAGUUUGAAUUAUAAAGCUUUGGCCUCUUGAAGUUUUUGAAGUAAAUAUGACUUGCUGUAUCACACACAGCUAUGACUUCCUACAUUUCCAGCUUGUGCACCUGGUAUGUUUGAUACUCAGAUUUUUUAAAAUAUCCUCUCCUCUAUAUAACAAGAUAACUUUUUACUAAUAGGGUAAUAUCAGUAAUAUUAUUACUUUUUGAUUUGUUCUUUAGGUUCAAAACAACAAUGAAAUUAGAGUACAUUUUAAUUUUAAGGUUUAAUUCAAAUAUUAUGAAUUGUUCUACACAUGCAAUAAAAUUAAUAGUAAGCAAAUGAAAAUGUUACAUCUUAGAGUUUAUACUGCUUCAUUGAUUUAAACACAAACAAAAUUCCAAGUAGGCACAUAGGAUGAUAGAAUUAAGGUAAUUUAAGUUCUGAUUCUUCUUUACAAAGACUGCAUUACUAUUGCUUAUUUUGAAACAGAUAAUAGUACUACAUGUGUUAGAGACACAAAUUGCAACUAAAGCAAACUCAGAUGAUUCUGAACUGUUAUAAAAAUUACACUUGUUGGCUGGGCAUGGUGGCUCAUGCCUAUGGUCCCAGCACUUUGGGAGGCUGAGGUGGGUGGAUCACCU